GAAGCAGCAGUUUAGUUUUAUACAAGUACGGUUGUUAAACAAAAGUGUGCUUUGGAAAUAAAGUGAAAUUAUUAAUAAUUAAAGAUUUAUUUAAUUAAAUAAAGUGUUUUAAUAAGAAAAUUAAACAUUUUUAAUAAAAAGAAUAAUGUAUAAGUGCUAAUAAAGUUAUAAAAUUAGUUUUCCGAGCAAAAUACUAAAUGACGCUGUUCUGCCGGCUGUCAGAGAAACUUUCCUCAAAUGGAUCACGAUUUAGACGAUACCCAUCUCUGCAUCAAAUGCAGUCGAACAAUUGUGGGUCUAGAAAACUAUAUACAACAUCGCAAACAGAAAUGCACGAUUCCAACAACUUCCACUCCUCAACAAACAACUAAAAUCGCGAUCACAACUACCGCAACCACACCACAACAACAGCAAUCUACACCGGUUACCACAACAAUAGCACAAGUUACUCCAGAAGUUAACUAUGAACCAUUUAACUUUAACGAACCUACAAAUCCACCUAGCCACGGUGGUAAAACUUCCAAAGCUUUGGGAGAAAGUUAUGAAUUGCCUUAUGAAUUGGAAGCUGAUGUCUUCUUCUCAUCCUUACAAUUACAAAGUGUGCAAUCCUCGGUUCCCUCAACUAGUGGUGGUAAAACAGGUAGUACCCAUUCCCAGGCUGGACCAUUUACUAGACAAAAAUCUUUACAGCAAGAUACGCCAUCUGCAACAGCAGUUGAUCCUACCUGGAUUAAUCCUCAACCUCCAGAACCAGCUCCAGAAAGUAAUGAACAUUUUCUCAAAGCGGUUAAUGAUAUGGGAGAGUCAAAGAAAUCAUUUGAAACUAUAUUUAAACCCAUAACAUUUGAACACGAAUCACCGGAAGUGUCCGAAGAAGAGGAGGAAGAUGAAGUAGAUGUUGAUAUGGAAGAUGACGAUGAGGAUUAUGAUCCUAUGGUAGAGGCUCAUGGCUCGGGAGGAAAAUGGAAAUUACCCUUAAUGCGACAGUCACCACCUGUGGUACCAGUUUCACAUACAGGAGGUAAAUGGAAACCCGAACAUCGUCCCAAUCUUAGAGUAGCACACUCACAACUCUCUAGAUUAUCACCCAACUGGGAUGAUCACAUGGAUGAUAUGGAUGCUCAGGAAGGGCAACAUCCUCCCUCUGAUCACACUAAGGGAAAAUGGGUGCCAGGUACUAAGCUUCAGAGAUUGGAGUAUAAAGAAGAAGUGGUGGAAUUGGCCAAAUGCAGUAAUACAAUGCAGGAUUAUUGGUGCAACAUUUGUUGCCGCAAACUGAAAAGUAAAACUAUUUAUGAAAAUCAUUUGAAGUCCUCUUAUCAUUUAAAGAGAUCCGAACCAGAACUACAGCUGGAGAAGGCCGCCAUUGCUGAGUUGCCACGAGCCGAUAUCAAGAAAAGUUUUUCCAUCAUGGAAUUCAAGCCGCUUUCCAUUACUCUGUCUAUGAAUAGUAAAAAGCGGAAAAGAAGAUCUACCUAUUUGAAGUGCAGCCUCUGUAAACAUGUCAUGGUUAGGCAUUUAAUAGGAAAACAUUUGAUUUCUCAUUAUCAUUAUCGGCGUAUGCAGCUACAUCCCGACAUAUCCUUGCACAUGAUUUUAGAAAACAUUCAUGCCAUUGUUUUGCAAUCACCAUUUCAAUGUCGUCCCUGUCGAUUUUAUGCCAAUACUGAGGAGGCAUUUUUGCUUCACUGGAAUUCAGCUUCUCAUUUGGAUGCUUCCGAGGGUCCCGGCCGUUUUUGGUGUUCAUAUUGUCAAUUUGAGUGUGAAGAUAAUAAUCAAAUGAGAAGACAUUUAUUGGGUCCUGAACAUAAGGAGGUUCUGCUGGCAAUCAAUCGUUCUGUACCGGUUUGUAUAAGCAAAAGAUUGAGUAUCGAUUGUCCCAAAUGUGGUCAAUCAUUUCGUUUUAAUUUUGAACUAAGACGUCAUUUUUUGAGCACUCAUCCUAGUUUGGAUUUUAUGGGCUCUGCUUCGGAUGUAUAUCAAUCGAAAUUUAGAUGUGCUGCAUGUCCCGAAGUUUUGCCUUCGAAAAUUGCCCUACAAAGGCAUGAAAAGUAUAAACAUUUGGUUUCUAAAUAUUUCUGCUCCAUAUGCUCUUUGGAAUUUAAUAGUCCCUGUAAGGCAAGAAGACAUCGUAAGACCUUAGAACACAAGCAAAAGGCUUUAGCUUUGAAUCAGGAGAGAAUAAAGGAAGAAGAAAUAAAAGGAUUAUUUGACUUAAAACUUGAAAAAAGUACCAGGAAGACUGUGCAAUUACAGAUAGCUGUAUUGGAUGAAAAUCCAAGUACAAGUGAGCAAGCCAAACUGAAAAUUUCUGCCACAACUGAGACAUCAUUAGCAUUGACAACUUCUACUAGAGAUGAACUCCAAUUGGAUAGUCAUAAAGAUCACAGCAAUUCUUCACACAUUUGCAUUUUAUGCUGCAAAAGUUUUGCCUCUGCCCAAGAACUCGGAAGACAUUCUAGAGUUUGCAAACCCAUUGCGAUGGUCUCAGCGGACGAGGUCAAACAAGUCUCGCAAUUAACUCAAACAAUAACGGAACAAGGAGAGAAAAUCUGGCUUUGCGAUUUGUGUGAUUUUAAAGCCCCCUACCAAUCCGAACUGCUCUAUCAUCGUGUCUUUCAUUCGUAUACCAAUGUGGCUAAGAAUCAACUACUUCCUUGCCCUCUCUGUGAGAAAUCAUUUCGCAAACAAUCUCUACGCUUUCAUUUACAAAAUCAUACAAAGGAAAAACUCUUUAAAUGCGAUCAGUGUGAUACUGCUUUUUCACGUCCUAAUAAUCUUAAAGAUCAUAUUAAAAAUAUUCAUGGUGAUGGUGGCGGAAGUUCUAAAAAGUCUACUAAUAUGGCUGAGGUUGUUACAGUUCCGGCUAAGGUAGAGAAAGUAUUUCCCUGUGCUGAAUGUUCGAAAGUUUUUAAGAGCAAGCAUUCCAUGAAAAUGCAUCACUUGACACAUCAUGUCUCGGAAGAACGUCAUCUUUUCAAAUGUACCCAUGAAAAUUGUGAAUAUUCAGCAGUGAGUAAGUCUUUUCUGAACACUCAUAUGAAAUCACAUUCUAUGGAAAGUAUCAAGUGCACGGAGAAGAAUUGUAAUUAUGUGGGCAAAAGUAAAUUGCAUUUGAAAAGACACCUGCUGUCCCACAAACCCACCUCAGAAAGCAAACAUUUCAAUUGCGAGAAAUGCUCGUUUAAAACCAAAAUCAAGGGACAUCUACAAAGACAUAUGCGUCAUCAUACCGGUGAGAAACCCUACUCCUGUCCUCAUUGCGAUUUUCGUACUAGCACCUGGGAGAAUGUGCGUAAACAUGUUCUGAAAACUGAAAAACACGCUGGAAAAUUUGUAUUCGAAUGUGAAAAGUGUCAAAAAGAAGCGAAGACAAAUGAGGAACAGCAAAAAGAAGAUGGAAAUCAAAUUAAAGAAAUAUUUAAGACAAAUUCUCAUCAAGAAUAUCGGCAGCAUUUGAAACAAAAGCAUAAAAAUGAAAAAUAACGGAAAUACAAAGAAUUUAAACAGUAAAACUAUUUUUAAAAGGUUUGGAUUUUUGCUAAAACAUUAUUUUGUUACGCAAACUUGGUAUUACUUAUUUAUGGCAGGUAAAAGCAAAGACAUAAACCCAGUAUUUGUUAAACACUUUUAUACACACGUUUACCUUUUUUUGUAGUUUUUUCAUGUAAAUAAACCUAAA